AUGGGUCCAAUGUCCAAGAAGCCCGACGCAGGCUACGAACUGACGGUGGUGGCCAAUGGGGAGCGGCACAACCACGCCACGGAUUCGGCGGCCGCCCUCAAGUAUCGCCGUGUGGGCUCUCCCGCACGGGCCAGGCUCACUGAGCUCUUCCGCCAUCAUCACUCCGUCGCCACAGCUCUGGAAACGCUCAGAGUGGAGCUUCAAGCCGAGUACGGGGACGAGUAUCCGCUCGUGUCCGCCGACCGGUCCAUCGUGCCCGACAGCCGCUACGCCUACGAACUGUACCAGAAGCUCUUCAAAGAAGAGUACGGCACUGGCGCGAACCAGCGUCUCAGUAGCCUAGAUAACAUCAAGAAGGUGGUGACUAACACCGAGCGGGUCGCCGUCGAGCAGCAUUGCGGCGAAACGAUCGUCGCAGCGGUCACGCCUUUGAUGGAACGGGCGCACACCCUCCGAGAGUCUGGUGAAAUCGUCUUCAUCGACGCAUCUGGGAACAUGGACCGGGACAACCUGCGCGUGUUCCUCAUAAUGACGUGGAGCGUCGCGGGAGGUCUGCCGCUCGGCGUCAUGCUGAGCACUUCUGAGGCCCAGACGACGCUCGAGAAGGGUCUGAAGAUGCUGUGUGACAUCUUGCCCGAUGGCGGCGUGGCGAUGGCUGUUUGA